UUAGUUGGGUCUCUCUCUCUCUCUCUCUCUCUCUCUCUCUCUCUCUCUCUCUCAGUGUGACGCGCAGAGUCCACUGUUGCCCGCGGUUUUGCUCGGAGGCUUUGCACGCGCGCACAGCAUCACUUACACACAGCACUGCGCGUGCUGCGCUGAAACGACUCAAAGUACAGAAAGAAGAGCUUUCAGUGCGCUUCGACUGCACACACAACAGUCCCUGUGGACUUUACUAGUGCCGGUCCAAGAAAACUGGAAGAAAAGAAAUCUAAGAAAAAUGCUGAAAAGCACUCCGCAUGGGUACAAAUUCGUACUUAAAUUUCUGUUCUCUUCCAAUUGCUAGCCACUGGCACUGACAGAUCGGGAGCAGGAUGAGAUGGACGGUCUUGCUGUGGGAGUACCUGUUGGUGGAGGUCACGGCGCUGGUGUGCAGGGCGGAUGGUGAAGCAGAGCGGCGACUGGAGGGAUUCGUCGUGUUGUCGGGUUCAAACGGCUCGGAAGAGAGCGGUGUGUCCGAGAAGCCGCACACGCAGGACGAGUGUCGCGGCUACUACGACGUGAUGGGUCAGUGGGACCCGCCGUUCGUGUGCCGCACGGGCACCUACCUGUACUGCUGCGGCACCUGUGGCUUCCGCUUCUGCUGCGCGUACAAGAGCUCGCGCCUGGAUCAGAGCUUGUGCACAAAUUACAACACACCCGUUUGGCUCAAAGGUCAAACGCCGCACAAGAAGACGGACCCGAGGCACGACCCGACCAAGGACAAGACCAACUUAAUCGUAUACGUCGUUUGUGGAGUAGUGGCCAUCAUGGCGCUCGUCGGGAUUUUUACCAAACUUGGAUUGGAAAAGGCGCAGAGACCUCACAGGGAAAACAUGACUCGAGCUGUAGCAAGUGUGAUGCAAGGUGCCUGUCAAGCUGAACAUGAAGAAGCCAUCGGAAGACAUGCCCAGAACUAUGACAACAUGCAGGCGAGGGCAAACAAUAUGCAGGGAGCCCAAAUGCACAGCAUGAACCAGGCCCACCCCUACCCUGUCCUCAGCCAGUUGGCCCAUGUGUAUGAGCAGCAGCAACCUGGCAAAGAACUCAAUAAAUACGCCUCACUAAAGGCUGUUGCAUCAAACGUCAAUGGGGGCUUCUACAACAAGCAGCACUGCCACUUGACAGAGUUGGGAGCGAAAGGCAGCCUGCCCCUCCACACAAUGAGGAUGGAGCAUGUGGAGCCCACUGCCACAUACGUCACCGAGAUCCCCAUCCCUAAGCAGAAUGAACAGAAACCUAAGCCCACCAAGCCCCAUGUGCCACAUCAUCAUAUGGCCUACAGCUCCAACACCAUAGCCAACCCAGGAAUGCUGAAGGCCUGGGAUGGCACAGAGACUGUGGGUCGGCGCAAGACCUAUGGCCCUAGGAAGCCCUGCAUGGUGGGCCAGAUGAACGAGCUCCACACUGCCCGCAGUCACCACUACCUACCCACACAGCCAUACUUCAUAACCAACAGUAAGACAGAAGUGACUGUGUGAAAGAACGACUUGUCUCCGGAGGGCUCAUCCAUCUUUGAGAGCAGGAGAAAUGGAUCAUUAUCCUGACCUGACUGUAACCUUCACUCUGCCCCUUGUGGAAUGGAGGCAAAACUGCAGAUGUGAGCCGGUCACACCAUGAUCAGCCACACAACCAGGCGGUCGGCAAGCAAUGACAGCUGAACCAGGAACAUUCCAUUGUUAUUGUGAAAUGUUCACUAUAAUUUAUACCCAUGCCAAUGAUGAUGUGUUUGUGUUCAAUCAGUGAGAUAAUAAGCAGUUUUAAUUCAAAUCAAUGAGAAAAGAGUCAAAGUAAACAAGCAAUAAAAGCAAACUAAUAAACUGACACAAGAAUAAUAAUUGGGAAUAAAUCUUUACUCCAGUAAUUAAGAGGAAAUAAGUGUAGUGCUGAACCUAAAGGUUCAAGGGCUAGUGUGGCAUGUUGAACACAGGGCCAGUAUUACGUACAGUACCAGAGCUGAUGUAGAUGAAGUCUCUUUACACAAUUAUCUCUCUGAUCAUUCAUACACUGCUGAGACUCAGAGCGUACGUAUUGUAUCUAAAAUAUUUAGUGGCAGAUGCCUUAUUUGAAGACACCCUUGAAAGACGUGAACUGUUAUACCACAGACUGGUAUUUUAGGGCUGUAGCUUUCAUUUUCAUACUAACAGUUCUCACUGUGUGUAGAUGAACAAACUCCCAAUUCAUUCACUUACUUUGUAACAAGCCCCCAGAAAUGUCAUUCUUAAGAAAUGGUAUAAUCUGUUAUACAGCCAGUUUGUGCUGUAUUUGUUGCGCAGUGCCAUUAGGUAGCAUGUGAACUGGAGACUGUAGAGUAAAAAGCACUGUUAACUAACAUCAUCGCUCUGCCACAAAUUGUGCCUGAUGGCUCUUUAGCUUUGGAAACAAGUAUUUGAUCUCCCUUCAGUAUAGUUAAAAUGAUUUUUUUUUUUUAAAUGUGUUGUAUUGUAUCCUCUUGAAAUCAUUAAAGCUUGUUGUACAAUAUUUCUUCAUGACAAUAGAUGUAUGUGCAGCUAUGUUGCAACCACUGGGUUUUAGCACUUUUAUUUCAGUAGUGAGUAAUUUGGGGGGAAGCUUUUUUUCCCCCCCACACAGACCUUCUGGUGAAAUUGAUUUUUAAAGUAUAUAUAUUUAUACUCUUACCAGUAUAUGUAUGCAAAUGAUACAGUACAUUGUGCCAAGAAUUAGCUUGUUAAAGGUGUGUUUAAUUUGAUCUCUUUGUCUUUUUCACUCACUUGUACAUUCCAAAUGAGAAAAUAAGGUUUAUUCUGCUGCAUCACAGUAUAAGGGGUGUGGUUGUUUUGGAAAUAUUGAUAUCUUUCAAAAUCAAGAAAUGAUAUUGGAAUAAAAUAAACAUCUCUUCAUUCUC